AAAGUAGCCACACGGUCUGUCUGUAUGAUUGUGUGACCAGGCAUGCGCUCGCAUCUGAGAACCAACCGACGCUGAGCAGGGAGCGGAUGAAGAAGCGUUUGGUGGCAUCUGCGAACUCCCGACCACUCCGCUUACUAUUGGCAACGGAAAGACGGUAGCCUCGACAGUUACAGCGGACACCUGACACUCAGCAACAGAAGGCCAACAUAAUACAUUUAGCUGUAAAAAGCAACAACGGUCUUUGCUGGAUAAAGACAGCAUUCACACAUAAGGACGAACGCCGGUGCUGAAGCUCAGCUGCGACUAGGGAGGUGUAGACGGCAAUACUCAGAUCUCAUUUGUCUGUGAUGAGAAUCGCCAUCCACCAGAGACCUAAGGCGUGCCCCCGUCAUCGUCUCUUCUGAAAGGAAGAGGAAGUGAUGUCACGUCACCACAAUCGCUUCGAGAGGGAGUACCGGGGGAUGCCGUGGGAGAGGCGGGACAUCAUCCGUCCGACUGGCCUCCUCAACGGAUCGGGAGCCAAUAACAGCUGCCCAGCCGUCAACGGUAACAAUCGCCCGGGACUCCUCCCACUGCCCGUCAUCCCUUCCCUCUUGCCAACCCCGGUUACGGUUGCCGUGACGACAUCGAGUGGUGGUGACAUGGUUGUCAAGCGUCAAGGAGGCGUCACAGUCACGGCCGCUGGUGCUGCCAAGGUAUCUGGUGUGUCUCCAGGGGAGAGGGAGAGCCAGGCUCCAGGUCUGCUGUUAGCUCCAGGGGUGAGGUGGGGACAGACACCCAUCAACCAGCUCACACCCUGGGAGACUGAUGAACCUCCUGCCAAACAACAGCACAGAGACUGUGAACCCAUAGGUCCUCCAUGGGUACCUUCUGUAGCAGCAGUGACCAAGUCCAGUCUCCUGCCCCACUCCUACCCCCUCCAGCCCCCUCCUUCAGCCACAGUGUCACUGUCCAGUGCCCUAUUAUAGGUCUGACUCCCUCCAUCCAGUCACCCAUGCCCCUCCACUCCCACCCGCUCAUGACAGCCCACUUCCAGCUACCCCCGCACUCCACUGCCCACCAACCCCCCGCCAUGGUGCUCAAAAUGCCCUACCAGCCACCCUAUCCCUUGGCCCAGCCCCCUGUCUUCUCCUCGCCCCUCUCUACCCCCUCAGGUGGUCCCAGGGGAGCGCACCCCAACCAACAAAACCACAGAAUGAUGGGGAACGGUCAUCUGACGCCUCACCCCCCUCCUCACCACUCUCACCCAACUCACCCUCUCAUACAGCCCCAUGCCCUGCCUCUGACCAAUGGGCAGUUGGCGCGGCUAGUUCCUCCUACUCCAGUAGCCAAUCAGGAUGGUCCUAGAGGGCCCAAUGGGCUGCAGAUGCUGAGGACUGUGGGGAUGGGAAAGUACGAGUUCACAGACCCAGGACAUCCUAAAGAGAUGUUGAAGGAGUUGAACCAACAGCGCAGAGCGAAAGAGUUUACAGACCUGAAAAUAAUUGUUGAAGGCAAAGAGUUUGAAGUCCACCAAAAUGUUCUAGCUUCCUGCAGCCUUUAUUUCAAGGACCUGGUGAAAAGGUCGUCAGGGGAGACGAGGAGCGGGGAGAAGCUAGAGCUGCAGAUGAGCAACAUUGGAGCUGACGUGUUGGAGCUGCUGCUGGAGUUUGUCUACACGGGCUCUCUGGUCAUCGACUCAGCUAACGCCAAGACACUGCUAGAGGCCGCCAACAAGUUCCAAUUCAACACCUUCUGCAAAGUCGGUGUGUCCUUCCUAGAGAAACAGCUAACAGCAGGGAACUGUCUAGGUGUGCUGGGCAUGGCUGAGGCUAUGCGAUGUACAGAGCUCCACAACAUGGCCAAAGCCUUUGCACUCCAGAACUUCCCUGAGGCGGCAGGUCAGGAGGAGAUUCUGAAUGUGUCUAAGGAGGACCUGGUGGCCUACCUGUCUAAUGACAGUCUCAAUACCAAGACUGAGGAACUGGUCUACGAGACUGCAAUCAAUUGGAUCAAACGAGACCCCACCUCCAGAGUACAGCAUGUAUCAGAGUUAUUAGCAGUGGUGCGUCUUCCCUUCAUCCACCCGUCCUACCUGCUGAACGUUGUGGACAACGAGGAGUUAAUAAAGACGUCGGAAGCGUGUCGAGACCUGGUCAACGAGGCCAAGCGAUAUCACAUGUUACCUCACGCCAGACAGGAGAUGCAGACUCCUAGGACACGACCACGGCUAUCUGCAGGUGUGGCGGAGGUGAUAGUGUUAAUCGGUGGUCGCCAGGCCAUCGGUAUGAACCAGCGGUCUCUGACGGCGGUGACGUGUUUUAACCCUCAGAACAGUAAGUGGCACCCACUGGCCAGCCUGCCCUUCUACGACCGAGAGUUAUUCAGCGUCAUCUCAGCAGGGGACAACAUCUACCUGUCAGGUGGGACAGAGUCGGGUAUGACGGUAACUGAUGUGUGGUGCUACAUGUCUCUAUUGGACAAUUGGAACCUGGUGUCUCGUAUGACGGUGCCUCGCUGCAGACACAACAGUCUGGUGUACGACGGGAAACUCUAUACCAUUGGAGGACUGGGAGUGUCAGGAAACCUGAACCAUGUAGAGAGGUAUGACACCAUAACCAACCAGUGGGAGACUGUGUCUCCGCUCCCCAAGCCGGUUCACUCUGCAGCGGCCACGGUGUGCGGGGGGAAGGUGUAUGUGUUCGGAGGGGUGAACGAGGCGGGCCGAUCGGCGGGAGUACUGCAGUCAUACGUUCCUCAGACCAACUCCUGGAGCUUCAUAGAGUCACCCAUGAUCGAUAAUAAGUAUGCCCCAGCGGUCACUCUGAAUGGGCACAUCUUUAUUCUGGGAGGAGCCUAUGCCCGGGCCAUCACCAUCUAUGACCCAGACAAAGGAAACAUCAAAGCCGGACCCAACAUGAACCACUCACGACAGUUCUGCAGUGCGGUGAUCCUGGAUGGUAAGAUCUACGCAACGGGGGGCAUUGUGAGCAGCGAGGGUCCUGCCCUGGGCAACAUGGAGAUCUUUGACCCCCACACCAACAACUGGACGCUCCUCCAGUCGCUGCCCUGCCCUCUCUUCAGACACGGCUGUGUCGUCAUCAAGAAGUACAUCCAGAGUGGCUGAGAUCGGUUCAGUGAUGAAUGAGUUUCCUGAAAGCUUUGUAGCCAAUGUGGCUUUAUUUUCUCUGGACAACCCAGACCCAUGCCUCUUGUAGAAGAGCAAAGUACUUCAGGUUCAUUUGGCGAAUUUUGUUCACUUUUCCCCGAGAACUGUCAAACAUUUACAAUUAUUGUUAGUCUCCCUCUACUGUGGUGCUGGGUUAUCGAGACAAACUAAGUGUCAUGUUAGAUAUGAAGCUAUCGGGAAAACUCCCCCCUGACUGGUUUGGUCUGGUUAGGACAGGACACUCUGUGUGCAGCUUUUGGGGGUCGAUCGGUCAGCACCGCUGGACUAUCCAACUAAAACCCCCUCGGGACUUGAUGCCAGUGUUGUUGUCUUUACCCCCCCCACCCCACCCCUUCAGUCCCCCAUCAACCCCCUGUGCAGAAUGUAGGCAUCUUACUGUAUCUUGAACCACUUGGCCAUGUCAGGUACUGGUGCCUAAGCUACUGUAUGUAUCAUAUAGUGUAGCUUACCCCCCCCA